UUUCAUAUACACCAAACAUCAUCAGUUUGCAUAUCAGUUUGCCUAAACAUCACUAAGAUGGCCAGGAAGUGGCAGAAAGUGGCAGCAAUGGCAAGAAAGAUCUCCUCACCAAGAGUCGAUGAUUGCUCUGAUUUCAGUGCAUGCAGUACAUCAUCUAUUGCGGAAAAAGGCCAUUUCAAUGUGUACACUUUGGAAGGAAAGCGGUUUAUGAUUCCCUUGGCAUACCUAAACAAUGUUGUUUUCAAGGAGCUCUUGAAGAUAUCCGAAGAGGAAUUUGGAUUGCCAGGUGAUGGCCCGAUCACAUUGCCUUGUGAUGCCAUAUCUAUGGAUUAUGUUCUUUCCUUGCUAAGAAAAGGAGUUUCUCAAGAAGUGGAGAGGGCAUUACUUAGCUCCAUGUUCAUUGCAAGCCCAACUACGUGCACUACUUUUUCUAUACAAAAUAUGCAACAGCUAACAAUCUGUAGUUUUUGAAUUCUAGCCAUUAUUAUUGUAAUCUCACAAAUACACACUUGUACAUUCUC